AUGUCACCCCUUGUUAUUUUCCCUUUUGCUCUCUUGCUAUUCUUCUUGUUCAGAAAACACAAAAUAACAUCCAAGAAACCAACUCUUCCACCAGGACCUAAAGGCCUUCCUUUCAUUGGAAACUUACACCAACUUGAUAGUUCAUCUCUUGGUAUAAACUUUUAUGAACUCUCAAAACAAUAUGGCUCUUUAAUCUUCCUUAAACUUGGUUCAAGACCAACACUUGUUGUUUCAUCUGCUAAAAUGGCCAAACAAGUAAUGAAAACACACGAUAUUGAAUUCUGUAACCGACCCGCUUUAAUCAGUCAUAUGAAACUCUCUUAUAAUGGAUUAGAUCAAUUCUUUGCACCGUAUAGAGAAUAUUGGAGACACACUAAAAAACUUUCCUUCAUCCAAUUUCUUAGUGUCAAAAGAGUAACAAUGUAUUCUUCAGUUAGAAAAUAUGAGGUGACUCAAAUGAUGAAGAAGAUAUCAGAACAAUACGUGCCCUCUAAUAAACCUGUCAACUUGCAUGAUCUUCUUACUUGUCUUACAAGCGCAAUUGUUUGUAGGACAGCAUUCGGGAGGAGGUUUGAAGAGGAAGGAACUGAGCGUAGCAUGUUUCAUGAUUUGCUUAAAGAAGCGCAGGAAAUGACGAUUUCGUUCUUUUACACGGAUUAUUUGCCUUGUUUUGGAGGGAUUAUUGAUAAAUUUACUGGAAUGAUGGGUCGCCUUGAGAAAACAUUCAAGUUUUUGGAUGGAUUUUUUCAGAGUAUAGUUGAUGAACAUCUUGAUCCUGAAAGGAAGAAGAUGCGUCCGCAUGAAAAGGAUGUUAUUGAUGCUUUGAUUGAAUUGAAGAAUGAUCCUUACUGCUCAAUGGACCUUAAAUCUGAACACAUUAAACCCAUGAUCAUGAAUAUGUUAUUGGCGGGGACAGACACAAUGGCGUCCGCGGUAGUUUGGGCUAUGACCGCGCUAAUGAAGGAUGCAAGAGUAAUGCAAAAAGUACAAGAAGAAAUUAGAAAAGUAUUUGAAGGGAAAAGUUUUAUAGAUGAAGAAGAUGUUCAAAAACUUCCAUAUCUCAGAGCGGUUAUAAAAGAAACAAUGAGAUUAUACCCUGCUUUGCCGAUACUUCUACCAAGAGAAACCAUGAAAGAGUGUGAAAUUGAAGGAGAUCCAGAAGCUUGGAAGAAUCCAGAAGAGUUUUAUCCAGAGAGAUUUAUAGGAAGUGAUAUAGACUUUAAAGGACAAGAUUUUGAGUUGAUUCCAUUUGGUUCAGGGCGAAGAGUUUGCCCCGGCUUAAACAUGGGAGUUGCUACGGUGGACCUUUUACUUGUUAAUCUUUUAUAUUUGUUUGAUUGGGAAAUGCCUGAAGGAGUAAAGAGGGAAGAUAUAGAUCUUCAUGGUCUUCCAGGACUUGUUAAACACAAGAAACACCCUCUGUGCCUUGUUGCAAAGACUAAAAUUGCAUGUGCAUGA